UUCCACAUUUUGCUUGGUGUGAGUCCUGCAGCCCAGGGGAAAGAGUUCUGUCUCCGUCCAUUCCCUCCUGUUACCUCCCCUAUCUCCCUGCACCCUCUCAUCUCCCGUUCAUUCACUUCCUGUCUCUCUCCGCAGCCUGUGGAAGGUUCAAACGAUUUCCUCCAGUUGCUGAAGAGCCACAAAGAGAAACUCGAGGAAGGGAUGAGAGAUCUGAAGAGGAAGAAUGAAGAGCUGGAGAGGGAGAGGGAGGAGGGGGAGAAAGAGAGAGAGCGCAUGCGGCGCUGCUUUGACCAGAUGCGGAACAAACUGGCCCAGCCACAGGCAGUCAACGUUUCUGACGAGGCUGCCCAACAUCGCUCUGAGGCACAGCACUCCUCUGACUGCUCUAGCCUGGCUAAACUCACAGAGCAGCUUCAGGCCACACAGGGCAGGUACCGUGAUUUGGAGGAGAAGCUGGAUUACCUGCAGAAGAGUUCAGCUCAGCGGGACCGAACUGAAGCUCUGCUCAAACAGAAGGACAAGGACUGCGCUCAGCUGGCCAAGGACUGCGAGGCUCUGAAAUCUCAAGCCACAUCCCUGUUAGGAGAACUGAACGAGAGACAGAGCUGCCUGGAGAAGAGCGAGCAUGAACGCAAAAUACUGGAUGAAAAGCUGUGCAGUAAGAUGAAGGCGCUGCAGGUGGCCGAGCGGGAGCAGGAGCAGCAGAGGAAGCAGCAUCACGUAGCCAUGGACAAGCUGCUGCUGCAGACCCAGAGCCUGGAGACCGCCCUGAAGACAGAGAGACAUGUGGUCACAGAGGAGAAGAAAAAACUGACACAAUUGCAGCAUGCCUACACGUGUCUUUUUAGAGACUAUGAUACCAAACUGAAGAGUGAGGGAGGAGAUCUGUGCAGCCGGCUGGAGGAGGCGGAGCGG